AAGACUAGCCCUACAAAGAACGGCGCGCGUGGAACAGCGAGCCCGUGUAAUCGAGCUUGAUCUUGAAUUAAUUCAUUUUUGCUAGGCCCCGAAGCCAUCUCUGAACUUACUUUCAUAAUAAAUGUUUUUUUUUUCAGCUCCCCCUUUUAGUUACGUAAGUUUCUUUUUACGAAGGCGUUUAAUUUCUUGCUUCAAUCUCCGAGGCUUUCCGCUGGUCAUUUCGCGCCACCCCAAGAGCGAGGAAGUGGAAGUCCACGCUUGCAGCUUGCGGCGCGUGGUUGUCUCCUGCUGCGUUCAGCUGCAACCCAACGGAUUCCGCGCACCAGGAUUUCACGGGACUUUGGCGCCAGCAGGAUGGAGCUACGUGGCCUGUUCCUGCUGACUCUGCUGGCCUGUAGCGUAAGGGCGAACGAUCUGAAGUUCACUGACUGCAGGAAAAUGCCAGCAGGCAUCGCUGCAACGGUUAUGCCGUCAACGGGCGGUACUUUCAAAGUGACCGCCGUGUCGACUGACAAACGUAGCGCAGAGGUCACCCUCAUGCUGGGCGAAGCCAAGAUGUUCGUAAUAACGCCCGUGGACAGCGCAGGAGCUAUUGCGAUGGGAGAAUUUGCAGUCCAGGAGGCUUCCAAGGCUGCAGCUAAGGAGAUGAUGUGCGCAAACAUGAACAAGGGCUCUGUAGUGAACAUGGACCCGCCCGUUGCUGCGACUCAAAUCCAAGUCAAGUGGAUGGCUAAGCCUGAUUAUAAGGGCAUGGUCAUGUUUGAGGCAAGGGGCAUCUAUAACGCAACGACCUACUACAACAGCACAACAUCCGCAUACGAGUUCGAGCCGAUGAAAGAGAGCAACGCGCCGAAAGCGGAGGACAAAGAGAAAAAGAAAGACUCGACGGGCGCCGCAGCCGGCUCCUGUGGCGGCCUGUCCGUGUGGACGGUGGUGGUCGCGAUCGGAGUCAUCGUAGUCAGCGGCCAUCGCCUGAACGAGGCUAUGAACUAGCCGCUCACUACAGGGGCCCGUCCGGCAGGGAUCCCACUCGCCAGCGUGCGAACAACGAUGAUUGAUGCCGCAUCAAAAGCGAUCAAUGGUCUCCGCAGAAUGCUCGGCCUUUUGUUUUCUUGAAGAGCCUUCACCUGCUUGUCCGGG